ACACGAUCACACGGCAAGCGCAACUCCUCCCUUUGAGAUCCUCACACCCAGCAGCUUAUUUUCAUUUUGCGGCGGUGAAGCGAUCGGGCUGGUGGCAAAACUCCUUGGGCUGCUCGCUGCACUUUGGGAACGGAGAACCGGACGGAAUGGGGCGCAUCGCCAAGGAGACGGCGGGUCAGGUGAUCUGCUUCAUCGGCCUGAUCGGGGUGUGCAUCGUGUGUGGGAUCCCCAUGUGGCGGGUGACCUCGUACAUAGGCGCCAACAUCGUGACGGGCCAGAUCGUGUGGGACGGGCUGUGGAUGAACUGCGUGAUGCAGAGCACCGGGCAGAUGCAGUGCAGUAUUCACCAGUCCCUGCUGCGGCUGUCUCGGGACCUGCAGGCUGCCCGGGCCCUCAUCGUCAGCUCCAUCGUGGUGGCCUUCCUCGGGGUCAUGCUCACCUUCGUCGGGGCCAAGUGCACCAGCUGCCUGAAGCAGGACGGCUCCAAGGCCAAGGUGGUGAUCCUGGGCGGGGUCAUCUGCAUCGUCGCCGGGGUGAUAUGCCUCAUCCCCAUCUGCUGGUCGGCCGCCACCACCAUCAGCGACUUCAUUAACCCCUUGCUGACCGAGACGCAGAAGAGAGAGCUGGGGGCAGCCAUCUACAUCGGCUGGGCCACCUCCGGUCUGCUGAUCAUUGGCGGAGCGGUGCUCUGCACCUCCUGUCCACCUCAGGAUUAUAAGUAUUACCCUGCCCAGUACUCGUACCCGGGGUCCAUAGUGUCCGGUCGGCCGUACAUACCUGGACCGGAGUACGCACCAGGGUCGCAAUACGCACCAGCGCCACAAUACAUGCCUGCGAAGCCAGUGUACGCACCUCCACCUGGAAGCCAGUAUACACCUGCGCAGUAUCUUUAACGAUGUCAACAUCCUAGGAGGUGAACAUAUCAGGAACUGUGUAAAGUUUUUUAAAAAAGGAGUCAGAACACAGACUGGCUCUCCCUCUUGACUACUGCUGGGCUCACUUCUCUUGUGAUGUGAUUUCUCUCUCUGACUUUAAAUUGGAAGAUUGUGUGCCACUACGGCCGUUCGCUUUUUGUGGCAGGAACACUGCUGUCACAUUUAAUUGUAGCUUCCUAUCGCCACGGUAAAUCAGACUAAUUACAUGUUUUUGCGAAACUUUUUAUCUGGUGGCAGCUGCCAGAACAAUUUCUUUUUUUUUCUCUCAGACA